AGCGCUUUGGGCCCAGGAACUUGUUUAAAUCGGAGCUGCGGGGUAUUGUGAGAUGGAACAAGUGCGGGACAUCGAUGACGUCGUGCCGGUCUGCAACCUCGACUCCGACGCGAAAGAGGAGCCGUUGGAACGGGAGAUGCGCAAGCUUCGGCAGAUCGUGGAGGACCAAUUUGCGCUUCAGCUGCGACUGCUUCUUGAGAUCAAGUGCUCGAAGCCGCGGAACGAGGCUCCUGGACCUGUCACCCGCUCGGCGCACCUGGCCCCUGUGAUGGGGGACCUGUCCGCGGGCACCGAAGGAUCCAUGCCGCUCUCUCCCGUUGGCGAGUUCAAUCGAACCAUCAGCCCCGGCAUGGGCUCGAUUACCAUGUCCUCCAUGGCCAGUGACGCGGUGACCUCCAACGAUGUGGUGGAAUUUGGCGUCAAGGUGAUGACUGAACCUACCGAGCAGAAGGAGCACAAGAAGAAGGCCUACGAAGCUCAAGAGAGGUCGAUCAGGCAGCUCACGCCGGUGCCAUGCGGCGAGGAGGAUGAGCAGGUGGCCCCGCGCUGGAAGGACAUCCCUGGCAUCAUCGUGAACUCCACCGCCUUCCCCAUCUUCAUCCAGUUUGUGAUCUUGGCGAACUUGCUGGUCCUGGGCCUGGAAGUCGACACCGCGGCCUCCGUGCCGUCACAAGACAUGCCCGGCUGGUUCGAGGUGGCGAACUAUGUGAUCGUCUUCGUGUUCACUGCGGAGCUGCUCUUGAAAUUCAUGGCACUCGGAUGCCGGAAGUAUUUCUGCAGCUCAGACCGGACUUGGAACCUCUUGGACCUCAUCAUCGUCUCCGUUUCGAUCUUGGAGUGCGGUGUUGACCUCGUGGCAAAAGCUACCUCCGGCAGCGCGGAGAUGAACAGCAGCCACCUGCGGGCCAUGCGCCUGGCGCGCCUGGCGCGGACCUUGCGGGGGGUGCGCAUCAUCCGGCUCUUGAGGUACAUCAGCUCCCUGCGCACCAUCAUGAUCUCCAUCGUCAGCACCAUGGGCUCGCUCUUCUGGACGCUGGUUUUGCUGGUGCUCGUCUUCUACACCUUUGCGGUGAUCUUGACGCAGAUGGUGUCUGACUACUGCAAGUACGACCUCGGUGCGGAAACGAUGGCCUCUUGCAGCUACCACGACAUCGCUUACUGGUCCAGCGUGCCAGAAAGUAUGCUGACCCUCUUCUUGUCCAUCUCGGGAGGCCUCAGCUGGGUGGAUGCGCUGCUGCCUUUGCGCCAGAUCGGGCCACUGGCGGUGGGAAGCAUGCUGCUGUACGUUGUGCUGACCAUUUUUGCGAUUUUGAACGUUGUGACGGGCGUGUUUUGCAACAACGCGAUCGAAAGUGCGCAGAGUGACAAGGACAUCGCCAUCAUGAAGCAGAUGCACAAGCACGAGUCCCAGGUCCGCGCGCUCGGGGAGAUCUUUGCAGAGAUCGACGAGGAUGCCUCGGAAAGAAUCACGAUACGGGAGCUGAAGGAAGCCUUGAACGGCGACAAGAUGUCCAACUUUUUGAAGUCCAUGGACAUUUCCACCGAGGACGUGUGGACGCUCUUCAUGGUCAUCGACAGCAACGCCGACGGUGAGAUCUCAGCAGACGAGUUUGUCUAUGCGUGUCAGCAGCUUCAAGGCCCGGCCAAGGGUCUGCAGAUGGCGCGGAUGAGCUUUGAGAACACCGUCAUGAGAGAGGAGGUCAAGAAGCUCCAGAAGGACUUUGUUCGCUUCAAGAAGCAGAUCGUCAAGGGCGCUUCCCCAUCACCUACGUCAUCACCGCCACGACUGGGCGGCGGUCCAAAGCCGCAGGUCUUCAAGUUCGACGUGCCCCGGUGACGUGACGAAGUGACACGCUUUAUUGCUGGCCUCUCAGCCCACCCGUUUUGACCACAAAGAAAACAGGGGGCUCGGGCGCCAUAGCGACAGGGCUCACUUGUGCGUGCACUGCACUCGAGAUUCUGGGCUGGAAAGACCCCUCUAUGGGUCUAGUCCAGCUGGCCUCAUCAAACACAAGCAUUCCUUACCCAAAGGCUCCUGGGGCUUUCAAUAAAAGACCCGACCCCUCCAUUGAAUACCCCGGAGGUGGUUGGUUGUUUGAAGGCCCUACUUGUUUGAAGGAGCCUCUGGGUAGGAGGAUUACGGCUUACUCACUUUUGCGUUGCCACGUUUUACGUCGCCAUCACCUCUGCGGCUGGGCAAAGGCGCUCAAACCAAGCAGCCGGACCUGAGGAACUGACACCUUCCAUUUGUUUAAGAUAUUUGUGAUUUUCCCCUGUUGGUUUUAAAGGGAA